UGCAUCAUCGAUUGGAGUCCUGACUCCAAACCUGAAAGCACCAACUCCGUCUCUUCAAUCUCGAUCAUCGUAAAAUGGCUACGACUACAUCCGACAGUCAGUCCUUCUUACACAGCAUUCUCAUAACCCAUGCCUUUGAUCAAACUCGCGAAGUUGAUCUCGGACCUCUAGUCAAGGUCAUCGAGAGCAUUUUGCAAAACGCUGCUGCUGCGUCUGCUUCCAAGGGUGCACAUGAAGGUUUAAACGAUAUGAUCGGCAGCCUGGAGAACUUUGAUGGCAUGCGUCAAGUAUUGGAUGAUAUACGCAGCAUCUCCUGUGAGAUGUCAUGCAAUCUCUCAGAUGUGGAAGCAACGACAAUGGUGCUGCUCAAAACGCUCAGAAAUUAUUCAUGGAACGCCAAAGUGGUGCUAGCCGUAGCAGCUUUCGCCUUGAGCAUCGGGGAGUUGUUGAUGCUUGUGAAUCACCGAACCACGGACCCAAUUGCUAAGUCGGUAGAUCUCCUCAAAGGUCACUCUCUCAAACUUGAUAUCAAUGUGCUUAAACAACUUUUGAAGGCCAUGAUGGAUGUGGUGAACGUCAAUUUCGCCUUCUUGGUCCCAACUCUUUCCAAGAUUCCGAAAGAGGCACCAUCCAUGAAGGAUGCCAUGGGAUAUUUCCCCACAGCCACUUACAAGAUCCUUAGCGUUAUUGUUCAAAUUGCAAGCAUUUUAAGCAAAAGAGAGCAAAUUAUUGACUCAACAAUAAAAAGCUUGGCAUAUGAAGUUAGCUGUGUAAAUUAUGUCCUUCAAAAGAAAUUAGAACGUUGCAAAAUUGACGCCGAACAAGGCGAAAAGUACUACAAGCAUGAAGAAAUAGAGUACCAGCGGCAUGAAGACGUUUCGGAACUCAUUCCUAAAAUUGGCUUUUGGGAACUUUUUGGGAAAAUUAAGAAUCAUAUGAAGAUUCAGGUUCCUGAAAAACUGAGGAAAAAGCAUGUGUUGUUUCUCAUAUCGGAUCUGGACAUCUCCUUUGAAGAGAUUAAGGUUCUUGAUCGGCUGUACCAAAAGAACAACCAGUGGUAUGAAAUCCUGUGGCUCCCAAUUGCGGACUUGACUGCCCCUUAUGAAAAGACAAAGUUUUCAGAGCUGAAACAGUUGAUGAAAUGGGGUGUGGUCGAACCCUCCAACAUUGGACCGGCCUUCAUUGAAUACAUCAAGAAGGAAUGGCAUUUUAUAAAGAACCCCAUUGCUGUGUCUUUGAAUGAAGAAGGGGAAGUGACGUGCCGGAAUGCACUCCCUAUGUUGUGGACAUGGGGCAAUUUGGGCUUCCCAUUCACUGCUGAAAAAGAGCGUCAGCUCUGGAAUGAGAUUGAUGUGAAAAAUGGUUGGAAACUUGAACUCCUGCUUGAUGAGCAGAUCGAUCUCGCCAUACCGCCACGGAUGCGAAGCGUGACAUUUGUAUGCUUGUUUGGGGGUGAUAAUAUAUCAUGGAUUCAAGCGUUCACGGAGAAAGUGAAAAAUGCUACUGCCGGUGUUUCCUUUAAACUGGUUUACGUGGGAAAGGACAAAGGCAAAGGGCUACCAAGCCACCUGCUUAGUCCUGAUAUUCACGUGAUCGACUCUGAAUUUCAGUGGCAGUUUUGGACCCGACUGGAGAGUAUAUUGCAUGCCAAAAUCCAACAGGACAAGACCAGUCAAACUGAUCGCGUGAUGCGCGAAGCCUUGAAACUACUUGGCUACACUGGCAAUGGCAAACCGUGGGCAAUGUUCUCUGUCGGAUCAGCUGAGAUGGUCACCACCAACGGAGAAAUGGCUCUAAACAUCAUGUCCAACUAUAAAGAUUGGAAAAAUGGCUCAACAGGGCCUCUUUUUCUUGAGGCACUCAGAAAUUAUUACAUGUAUAAAAUACAGGAUACCCAUGGCUGCAUCAAUGUUCACCUCCCCGUGCUCGGGGAGUUUCCAGGGAUAGUAAGUUGCCCGACAUGUUCCAAAGAAAUGGAGAUGUAUUACACGUAUCGCUGCUGUGCUGAGUAAUUACCAAACUAUAUGUUUGAGAAGGAGAUCGAUAAGAUGCUACUAUGACAAAUAAAGAUCACUUUUGGAAGCACAAGGUUAUACUAUAUGUUGCUUCCUUAUUACUAUAUUAUGAAUAAUAAUUUUUGGGACUCCUAUUCAUUGGCUUUGGCUAGUGAAGAGUUAAGAUUAGUGUAAUGAAUGGUUCAUCUACUAUUUUAA